GAUGCUGCGCACUGCAAAGCGUGCCUGUCAGUGUCACAGAUCCACAUAUGCUGUUCUUUGACCAUCCAUCGCCAAAUCAGCCUAAAUUUGAUCCUUCUUAUUCUCGGGCUACACUCAUAAGCGCUGCGCAGCUCUCUUAUCGUACUAGUACUGCACUGCUUCCGAAGACUAGAAUAACUAUUGGUCUAUAAAACCUGAGGCGUAUCUGCAAACAUCGUCAUGGUCAUCGUCGAGGAGAAGUGCAUGCAAUCUGUUCCACCCCCUCCUUAUUUCCCUAAUGCCAGCACUCUACCCCCACCCCCCUUCCCUGGUGAACAUUAUGGAGUGAAGCCAUCUGACCUACCUCCCCACCUGUUGUUGAAGAUCGUGUAUUUGACAUUUCCGCAAACACCUGGGAUUGACGAGGGAAAGAUCGAACGGCAGAGAAAGACACUUUGUUGGCUCUCCACACAACUCCGGCUGGUUAAUCGAUCAUUUUACAUCGCGUGUGAGCAUGUGCUGCGCUCCACAUAUUUAUCCGCAUACAACUCGAUGAUACGACCUCCCUAUUCAUCUGAUCCAUUCCCAUUUUCUUCCUCGACUUCUACUUCCUCUUGUGAGACUCUGCAACGGGAGACCAAAGUUCUCGACCUCUUCAUCGCACUCAAGGUCCACGAAGAUGUUAUGGUUGAUGACUCAUCGCUUCAUCUCGAGCGAGAGGAUUCGUUCAAAGACCUUUUCGACCUCAUGCAACCCCGCAGCCGAUUGGAAGACCUCAUUCGACACUAUGGUGUCCGCGAGGGAGUUGUCCAUAUAAACUCACCUGGAAUGAACGCCUCAUCUUCAUCAUUCAACAAUUUUAGGGUGAAUGAUAGCGGUACUGGAUCUUCGAGCACAAGUAAAUGGACAUCAGACCCUGCACCAGUGCCAUUCAGCGCGCUGUCUAUUUCGUUCUCGCCAAGGCGAGUUGGCCUCGUGCUAACGGCUUCAGGUAAGAAACGGACGAUUGUGGAUGUAGCACGGACAAGAGAUGAGAAGUUGGAGAUUACCGCAAAGAAACUUGCGCGGCAACUGAAGGUUUGGCUCAGCGAUGGUUCAGGAUGAUCUAGUGGCAUCAUUUAGUUUUUAGAGUCCUUCCUUCCGCUGCUUGUUGAUAGUGUGAUCUUUUAAAGUACAGCUCUCCGAGAACGAGGUUGUACGUCGAUAGGCACACAUCGGAUCAGUACGGUCCACACGAUAUCGAAAGUACUUGAAACAACGUUAAACGUAUGUUCCUUCCGAGACUACGAGACGAUCCUGGGCCUGAGCGCUGAGGUUGAUGAAACACAGUGGCCUUGAGGCCUCAUAUAGUUCUCGGCCUGAGGGACUCGGUGUAUUUUGU